CCAGUCGUUGUACGAGCAGUGAACCGCACGGAUCCAAGAAGCCGUUGAUGGUACAAGUGAAGUGUUAAUGUCGCCGUCACCAUGGGUCCUGGUGUCAAUACUUAGAUGACAAUUACUUUUAACCUUCUCGCAGGUUUAACUCUCAAACUUGUCUGGUGGCUACGGCAGGACGUGUGCAGGGAUUCAGUGUGCUCAAGUAUACAGUGUUCGACGUUGAGAAGUGAAGUGUGAGCAGUGUGUAGAAUAUUUCUAAAAACUGGAAUUAACACUUACAUUUUUCGUACUACAUGAAGCAUGUUGCAGCCUAGGAGAACAUUGUUACUGUAUUUAACAAUAGUGAUAUUAGCUACGUGCGAUUUGUUUUUCCGUAAUGUGGACUGCGAAACAGAAAUCGAUGUAGACAUAUUCGGCAGUGAGGAUGGAUCCCUCUUACACGAACCAUCGAAGGUAGACAGGGUAAAGAGAGAUGUAGGAGAUGUCACCACCGUCCUGCUGGUGGAUAACGCGGGGCGACAUCGAGAUGGUCGGUUUCAUAAAAAAGCUGUCGGUCUUUUAACAUCGACAGCUCGUACGUUUGUCCAAGAAGGAACGACCACCGAGUUUGCAACAGAGGUUUUAGGCACAACACUUGACAACGGUCGUCUAUACGCUCAGGUGGUUACCACUAGCUCCAGGGUGUUCUACAAUGGCGACUCUAAGAUUAGAGACAAGACACGCACAAACCUGGAUGAAUUGGUGCUUCCAUCCAUUACCCUCGUGGCCGACAUUGCACGCCCCACACAGCCCAUCCAAGUACUUCCGUCUCAAGUCGAAGAAUCGGUCAUACAAGUCGAGCCAUUUAGUUACGCCAAAUCAGGUAAUAUCUACCAGACUGCCGUAAAUGGACAGCAGACGCCUCACUCUCGAUUCAUUGGGGUACCCCCAAGAGCGGAUGAUGAUAUUAUAAGCGUGUCAGCAAUUGAUCACAAACCAUCUCAUCGGUAUGAAGGAUCCCAAGUAGAUAGCAGAGAUGAGCUAGAAGCGUUGUUCUUGCAAGCAAAGGCAAAGAAGCACGUGAACAAGUACUUGCAUCCAGCUAAAGAAGAUGAGCGACAAGAAACCGAGAACCUUGUGAAAGCUAAACGGAUGGAGUACUUCAAGAAAAAGAACACAGGAGACGUUGAAGGUCAAGAUACUGAGAUAAAUAAUUUAAAGCCAGCUAGAGUUGUGAAGCCUUUGGACGAUCUGCCGACAUUUACGGUCCGUCACGAGUUCGCACCAAGUGGAUUUUCUGUCGAUGAAAAUGAGGAGGAUUCGACUGAAAGUCGUAAUUUGGAGAUAAACCCUCGUGGUAAUAGGUCCAGAUCUGGAAAGGCAUUCUUCGGAGGCAACAGAAUAGAACAAAGAAAACUAGAUACAGUGACAUAUUUGGGUUUCUCGGAAUUCACAACUACAGUUGGAGACACUGUAAUAAUAUUUAUGCCUCAUACAACGGCCGCUGUGGGAACACAUCAGGGGAGAAAAGCUACAUCAAUAUCAGGAGAUGCGACACUAGCCCCAGAGUUGCAACAUGUAACUACGGAAAACCAAGUGUCGGUGGUGACCAGUGUCAAAACGUUCAUGUCCCACACACCUGGUAUGGUUACUCGGACGGUAACAGGACACUCGUUAAGCAUGCAAACUGCUUUGCCGACCAUGGUGGUGCUUCCAGAAAUACCAUCUCAAACAGUCACAAUCCGCCGCGACCACAAAGCGCUCCAAUCAGUCCAUGUUGUAGAUCCAAUCACAGAGAACCCAACCGAUUUCGAAGACGCGGCUCAAUAUCUGGCCCAUGAGCAGCUGGAAAUGGCAGAGAGAAUACCAACAACUCCUGCACAAGAUUUGAUUACAGAACAGUUUUUCGAUAUCGAUACGAUCCAACCAUCAUCAGUUUCUCAUAACGACAACAUCGAGCCCUCUAUCGAAGACAUUGCUGAGGCCAGUUCCGUGGUAUCUAGCACUGAAGAAAUCGAAGUACAAUCUACAGAUUCCUUAGCGACUUUCUAUACUGCGCAGACUCAGUUGUUCGAUACUGGCGGUGCUGAAUUCCCCCUAGGACUGAUAAAAGUCAUUGGUGGUACUGAGGCUAUAAAUGGGACCACUACUUUGUUCACAUCCCUGAUAUACGGAACUUACGUCGAUGGAAAUUAUGCCCAGGUCAUACACUCAACAUCAAGUGUAUUCUUUUAUAUUGACCACACCAAAGACGAUAUGAGAGAUGCAGAAAAUACCAUACAACCUACAGCCGUCCUUGACACAUCACAGAAUUCUGCCACUCAUAUAACACUUUCACCUCCAGAAACAACCUCAAGCGAUGCUGAAGAGACCAAAGAAACCAUUCCACCAACCACCCCACCACUAAAUGUAGAUUCAACCGACGAACCGCCUCAAACAACAGAAGGUAACUUGAUUACAACUAUAGAACAAUCCACAACAGAAGAUGACAACAAAAGAACAACAGCAGUCGAUGAAACUUUGAGUACAGCACCGACAGAAGAAACAAAGACAGAGUCUGAUAUCGAUUCUAUUAACGAAGUAGAAACUGGAAGGAAGAUAAACUUGAAAGCAAAGGAACAAGAGGUCAUUUUUGAAAAAGACGCCAAGAACAUAGAAAAGGACAGUGAAUCUCAGAUUGCUGGCAGUGGCGAAAGGCACUUAGAGGACUCAAGAACACCGCCUUCAUCAACUACUGACGGUCCAAUAACGCAGCUUAUACCCACCACAGUUUACAAGACUUUUACAUACCUUACAACAUUCUUUAUCCCCGCACAAGGUACAUCUACCACGACCUCAAUACGAUCAAGAGAAGUUACUAGUUCGGAAAUAAGUUAUAUAACACAAACAUUCAAUUCUGAUGCUAACAAGAGCACGGGUAAAGUAGACCUGAAACAUAAUAUUUCGACCGAUUCAUCUAGUGUUGUCGUCUCUCCAACGGUAUCUUUGGCAACAGAGGAGAACUUUGACACAACAACCGACAGCAUCAUUGCUGGAACAACGAAUCAGAACGGAGAUACGAUGGCAACACCAGAGUUACCAGAAGAAAAGACCACACUGAUAUCUGAGGAAAUGAACGUUACAACUAUCCCAGCAACUACUCCAAGAGACCUUGUACACGGCGAAGAAGACGAGAUUGAGCUAAUAUUCAAAACUCUUUACACGACAUACACAUACCUCACUACAUUCUUCCAGGAAUCAACGACAAGCGUUUCAAGUCGAGAAGUGGUUGUUACAAAUGUAGUUACAUCUACUGUGGACAGUAGCUACAUUUUACAUGCAUCUGAUCCAGCUGUUGCUGGAUUAUUUGCCAGUGAUGAGACUCUUGUGACACCGUCAAAACAUUUAUCCUCCAUAGAGCCAGUGCCCACAAGUGUUGGUACAGGAAGACCAACAACAAAAUACUUCCCAGAUUUGGGUGUACGCCCUGACGAGGAUUUGUUCUCAACUGUAAUAGAGUCUGUAGAUAUUGAAAAAGAAUUAGCAACUCCGACACCUGCACUAAAUUACGAUGGAGGUUCGGGAAUAAUUGACAACGAAUUGAAAACAUUCUACACGACUUACACAUACUUCACGACCAUUUUGGUUGAUGGCGAAACUGAAAUUUCAAGCAGAACAGAAAUAUACACAAAUAUCGUAACUCCAAGUGGUCUCCUUUUGAGUCCAACAGUGUCAAACAUCGAACCCACAAUAUCGCUUCGUGAACCAUUAUUUGAAAAAGACUCAAAUCCGGAUGUGUUAGAUCAACUUGAAUCUCCACAAAAACACGCUCCUCUUUCACAUUUCUUAGAGUCUUCUCAAGAUUCCCCUCAUAUUGAAACACCUGUACUAAAAUCUACACCUCAUUAUUCAUAUAGCAGCACGAUCUUUCGAUCACACAAACUUACCAGUGACGGAAACGAAAGUUCAAAUAUCAAUACUGUUGAUGUGGACGAUGAAGAAAAUAGCAUUUUCCAAAGAAAGACGCCGAGAUUUGACAGCAGCUAUGCGACCAUUUCAAGAUCACGUGAUACUGUCGCCACUCCAACAGCACUAGAAGAAGAUGCAUCGACUAAAUCUCCAAUAUCAUCCAGGGAAAUAGACAGUGAUAAAAGCCUCGCAUCCGUUGCCGUAACAAAAUCGGUGGCGUUAGACACACCGGAUGUCGCAGAUAAAAUGAGCACUGUUACGAGCAGCAGUUCUGACGGACGCAAGGUUAUGAUGCUUGAGAAAAGAAAUGACAAACAACCAUUGCUUGACGAUCAGAUCAGCUCAGAAAGCAACACAGAACAACUUGAGCCAUCCCCAACUUUGCUUCUUCAGACAAGCUAUACGACAUUUACGUACUUCACUACAAUCUACAAAGGCAGUUCUUCAAGUGAUGUAGUCAGUCGUUUAGAGACAGUGACUAAUGUCGUAACAGAAACACUGUCUCCUUCAGACGCACCAACAACAAGAAUUGCUCUAGAAGAUGCCACUCUGCCUAUAACAUACUUUACAACUUUCACUUAUUGGACAACACUGUAUAAAGAUGGCAGUACAGUAGUUACAAGUCGAGAGGAAACUAUCUCCAAUACAGUAACACCAACUGUAAUCCCCUCACCGUCGAGCGCGAGCGUUUUUGAAAUCACAGAACCCACGACGUUCUAUACAACUUACACCUAUUUCACAACUUCUUACAUUGGCAACAGUACUGUUCUCAGCAGCCGACUAGAAACUGUGACGAAUAUUGUAAACGAAACUGCUAAUGAUGUUACAGGCCGCGCUAUUGGUAGUGGUGCAAGUGAACAGAAUGUCUCUGAGCAAAUUACAAAAACUGAGUCGCCCGUACAUUCAUCAUUGCCACUCCAGCCAACUGGUCUCCUGUCGACCAUCCUAACCAGUGAGGUAAACAAUGGCACCACAAUACUGUUCUCAACUGAUGUGUAUGGUACAUUCAUAGAUGGCCUGUAUGCACAAGUGCUAGAAAGUUCCACUCAGAUCGUUACCUCUCCUCCUGUCUCUUCAACCAAGGUGAACUUAGAAUUAAAACCUACGGGAGUUGUGUCCCUGAACGAAGGCAGAAUCGUGGAUGCAGAUGGAGUCAGCACAACUUACUUCACUACUAGAGCAAUAGGAACUUACAUCGACACUCUCUACGCAGAAGUGGUUGAAAGUACAACCACCAUCAAAGUGAACACCGAGAGACAAUCUAUUCUUGCAGCAAUUAGCCCAAGCACAACUCAAGGCACAAAAGCACAAAGAACUGGGUUGGUUCGUAUAGUUGAAGGUUCAAUAGUUAAGGAUGAAACAACUACGUUCUAUGAAUCCAGGGUAGUGGGCACACUGAUUGACGGACGCUACGCUCAAAUAAUUGAGAGCACUUCGAGUUUCAAAGUGGCUGUUACGCCCACCUCUGUUCCCGGUUCUAGUGCGGGCGAGAUAGCAGCCACCUCAACUCUGAGUACAGAUGUCACUGUAAUACCAACAGUAUCGUCAACCACGUCGCCCUCGCCGGCCGUUAUAGAGAGUUCGCUCAGCGAGGGAAGUGGCGCGACAGAAGGCGAAACGGAAGAUGAUGGAGACAGUGGAGAAGACAACGAGGGUGACGAUGCUGGAAAAAAUCGCAAGAAAUCAAGGCUGACGUUUUCAACAAGAAAGCGGACGUUCACACCUCAAAUUAGACCAUUUGCGUCAAGGAACAGGCCAACCUUUAACCCCAAGAGAAAGACGGCUUUGGGUAGUAGUGCUACAACAAUAACAAGGGCAACAGUUACCCCAACUGUAACAGCAACACCAGCGGCAAAAACCGAAAUCAACGGUGCUGGGAACAGUAACAGACGAGGCAAUUCCUCAGGUUUGUACAAGACAAUUCACAAUGACAUAAGACCAACGCCUUCUGGGGCAAGUGCAAGAAGAACUUCCCGCAUAAGGGGAAGUCCUGUAAGUAGUGCAGCGUCCUCGUUUUCCACACAUUACACUGGUCGAGGGCGCAGUUCUGCAGGGUCAUCUCGUCUUUAUGCUACAUCGACGCCUGGUCAGAACGGACCAUCCAGAAGGGGAGGAUUUUACAGAAGUUCUUCAAGCAGGGUUGCAGGAUCUUCGGAUUACCCAUUCAGAGGCUCCACGAGUGUAUCCCAUCAUGGGGCAAGCAGCUCUCGCUUUCGCAUACGACCCACUCAGUCAUCGCUACUCGGAAGAACCGGCAGCACCGCUUUCACAACACCUUCGACCGAAGAAACGAUAGAACCCGAUGACGAUCUUACUACCAUCGUAACUGACGAGACACCACACUUCACAGACGACGAACACGAUUCGCCAACACAGCCCAUAUCCACUACCACGGAAUCUUCUCGUCGAAGUAAUAAUCCUCUAUUGCGGUUUAGACGACCGCCUACUUUACGAGCUCCACAGACAACAAGCUCUACUCCGAAGCCAACUACGACGCAAUCUUCGAGAAGAAGUCCACUGUUACGUCGGCCAGCAAGUGAAAGAGGAGCUACUACUGCUAAACCUCGUACUACUAACAAGUAUAACCCAGUGACAAACAGACAAAGACCUGGAAAUAAUCUGUUCCCACCCAGAGGAUUGCUAAAGAAACCAGAAAAAGAAGAUGAAGAAGAGACAAAGGAGGGUGAAUUUGAUGGAGAGGAGCAAGAGAACGAAGAAAUCAAAGAGGAGCAAGAUAAUGAAGAGGACAUUGACGAUAACGAGUAUGAGGAAUCGGAAACCAAAGAGUCAAAAACACAACCCAAUAAGUCAGCUAACAGACGGAGUGACAAACCAUAUAAUCCGGUUAACAUCCGUCCAUUUGUAGGCUUCAAUCGUAAACCACGCACAAAGAGACAAGUAGAGUACGGGACGAAAAGUGGCAUGGGAUCUGCAAGAGGUUUCACUCCUCGGUAUCGCCGUCCUGGAGUGUCAACUCGAAGCCCACAGGAAUCAGUUGAAGAUCCGGAACCUGUUCAGGACACUGUCAAACCGAAGCCAUCAAAUCCAGGGCGGUUUACACCUCGACCACGAACAUCUACGCCAACCCAACCUCGAGUGAGACCUACGUCAGUAUCAUCAAAUACUGGUAGAUCCCAAUUUACUCUCAGGAAGGAAGAUACUUCUACAAAUAAUCGUGCAAGCUUUAGGAGACCUACAACAGCGUCACCACGAAGACGAACAAAUAUCAAGCCACCUGAACCGACGACAUCAGCACAGAGACCUAAACCACCAAGGCUCAGGACUCAAUCAAACACUCGCCCGUCAGAAGCCACGACCCAUUCGUGGUCCAACACUCGCCGUAACCCCAACACUAGUAGGAGGGGAUCGACUCGAACCCGCUACCGAGGAGAGACUUCCGACUUUGAUACAUAUACUUACUCUCAAUCAAGUUUCGAUGGAAGUAUAACAGUGACACAUCACAUUCCCACUGAAGUCACAAUCCCUGUUGUGAACGGGCGCGUCACGGAAUAUCGUAAUGUAAUUACUGCUAGUGCUAGUACAGAAGUGUUAGGACCACAUCAAUACACGGUGUCCACUGCAAAGGACGGAAAUACAGUGUUGUACCUCACAAGUGAAGUUACCGGCACAUUACCAAGUGGAGUCACUGAGAUUACACAGUUUCUAAUCCAUGAAACACCAACCACCAGUGUUAUAUUUACACCAACAACAAUUAGAGGACAUAAAACGUCUUAUUCUCACAUCAUACCAAGCACAGUUUAUGAUGUGGAACAGGUUGUUAAUACCCUACAACCACAAGUAUCACCGAAUGCACCACUGGCUAAUAUAUUAUUAUCUCAGCUUUUACUGGGUAACCUUGGUUUACAACCAAACUUAAAUCCCUUACUUGCCCUAAACAAUCCUGGACCCCCAUCAACCCCCACAACAGAAUUCAAAACAAGGCAAACUACUUAUGUCACCACAGUCACAAAAGGAACGUCUACAGUUAUUCCACUGACGUUCCGAGGAAAGGAGAUCCUUACCACUAUCGUGGACAGCUCAACUGAGGUAAUUACUGCAACAGAAUUCAUUACAGACACAAUUGUUGUUACACCAACUGCCGCUCUGGGUGCCGGAAGUAACCAACUUAAUUCGUUGCUACUUCCUGCAUUGCUUCAGGCACAGUUACUAGGUGGGCAACCUCAACAACAAUCCAUGGUGCAAAAUCCUCUAUUAUCAGGUCUUCAACAGCAACUGCUCCAGCAGGAACCGAAGCUAAUCCAUGACACUUCACUAGAAAACACAGCCCCUGAACAACCAUUGAGACGUCGUCAGAGACCACCUGAGGAACAAGACAGGCUUGUAAGGGAUUCUGAAAAAGAAAUUCUAGAUGAUGAUGUUGUGCAGGUUGUAAAGGACGAAGAUACUGGAAGAGACCGUUCAUUCAAGACUUCAAGGACAAAAUCAAGAACAGAUAAGAAACCUCCAGAUCCACCUCCAAUCCCAGCAGAAACAAGUGUUGUAACCCUGUAUGUGUCUGGAAGGCGCCCUGGUGAGUUCAGCACUGUCAUCUCAACAGUAACCCUGGGUGAUGAGAGUUCUGCUGCUAUUAGGAAGCGAGAAGCUGGAUUUGCUGCACCAGAAAUGUUCACUGUGGAGGCAUCACAAGUACCUGAGAUUGGAGGCUCUUUUCCUACUUCAGAUGAUGGCUACUUAGAUAAUUACGUCAUGUCUGCAAUGAAUGAAGUAUCUGGUCAGGCCAGUGAGACGGAGACACAAAGUCUGGAAAGUAUUGUUGGUGAUGUUAGCAGUUAUGUUUCAUCAGUCAUUGGUCAAUCAUCAUCAUCCAGUAAACUUCUUGUAUUAAGAUCUUCCUCAACUGAAAAUCCAACACCUUUCUCAACAGAAAACAAAAAGAAAUUACCCGGCAAGAAGACAAAUCCUUCCUCUUUUAAUUCUAGCUAUUCUACCGGUCAUUUUUUAUCCAAUGGCCCCGCUGAGUUUGCCCCACUCAAGCGGAAGGUCAUAAAUAAAGAAAACAGGGGCAUGCUUACCAUGUUAAAUGACAAUAAACAAAACAUAAGCAAAGCAAAUGUUCUGUCAAAACCUAAAUAUGAAAACAGCACAUGUGCAAUGGUUUUUGAAAAAAGAGAAUUCCUGAGAAAGAAAAGAAGUACUGAGGAUAACUUGGGUGACAAAGAUAAUGGUAGUAUACAUUCAGAAAUACCAUCUCACCGAAGGAGAAAGGUAAGAAUUAAAGUGCCCAUCAACAGAAAGAAAUUAAGUGAAGAUAAAAGUGUAAAUAAAGAAGAAAUUUUAACAUUAUCAGAAGCACAACAUUCAGCUAGAGUUCCUAAUAUGGACAUUGGUGCACAACAUAUUGAGAAACAUGAACAUGGAAAAACUUCUCCACAGCCUGAAUAUGGUUCAAGGAUGGAAAGCAUAAUACAUGGUCAGGAACCAGUCACUUCAAAUUCUCAUGAAGAAGGAAACAAUCAUCAACGAAGAAAAAUAUUUGUAACACGCCGUAAAAAGACAGAACACUCCACAGUCAGUAGUGACCUUGAUGAUUACUCCAUUUCAAGCUCUGUACCUGCUAAUACCCCAGACAGAGCUCAAGAUUUUUUAGUCAUCACAACAUACAGGCCAAAGGAAAUCCCAUUCUUCGUUAGCAGCAACGUAGCUGUAGAUGAGAAAGAUCUAUACCUGUUUCCAACUACUGUAAGAGGAAACAAAGUAGUCAUGAACACAACAUCAGGGCGUAGGCGUAUUGUGGUUACGAGAAAACGGCCCAUUAUCAUGACACCAACUCAGAGACGUCGUAUCGUGGUGACAAAGAAGAGGCCUGUUCCAAACUUUGACUUGGAUAUUGAGCCAACAAAUGUCAUUCCUGAAUCUAUGUCCACAAUUUACUCAUAUAAAUACACUGUGCUGAACAGAGAUAAAGAACUGAGUACUGACACAGAGAACAUGGUUAAAGUUUCUCAGGUGUUCAUGAGUGGAGGUGUCAACCAUGAAGUCUAUGAUGAUAGAGAAAUCAUAGAAGAGAGCAAGAAGAAAUAUUAUGAAGAAACUCCCACUUCACUCGAGACAGAUAUAAGGGUGGAGAAAUCUAAGACUGAACAAAAUAGUAAUGUUUUAAUAUCAAAACAAGCAAGUAAUGGACAGCAGAGUUUAAUUCCUACCAGCAAUUUUCCAGUUACAGAAAUGUCUACACAGAGACUCAUAACCAUUCAACCCUCACAAAUUGAAUCAUCAUUUAAAAUCUCUACUCAUGAUCUAGAGAAUGAAACACUAACCUUUGGUGUCUCGACACAAGACUUACCACUUGAAAUAUCAUCAUUGAAAAUUUCAUCGCUUACUCUGGCCAAUAACGACAUAAUAAAAUCACAAGGUGCAACCUCUGUGUUGCAGCCUGAAAAUGAUUAUAAAUCUGUUAACACAGACAUAAAGCAUGAAAAAGAAGAAAACAAGAAGAACAUACAAGGAGAAGAGAACGAAUACAGUGGGGAGAAUAAGGAAGAUGAUCAGACACAUAACAGAGCCACCACAGCUUCAUAUGAAUUUACAACUGAAUCACCAAGCAUAACUGAAGACAGCUUAAUUUCAAUAACAGAAGAAAGCUCAUUUGAUGGUCCACGAUUUGUACGUCCAACACGUUUCAGCAUUACCAAACGGCCUGGGCGUAUAAAAACAACUUUCCCAGGCAGACGCCAAACAUCAGUUUUGACACCAACAUCUACAACUGGCAGUAAUAGUAUCCACAGUAGUAGUGGUAAUUACAAGUCAUACUACAGAGGGAGGCAGCCCUUAACCUCUUCCAGGACAUUUGGACGCAGUUCAAAAACCCACACACACCUAUACACAACAGCAACAACCAAUGUUCCUACUGAACCAGUACCACACUUUGAUGACAGUCCAUCUUAUAAUCUAUCAAAUUCUCCUUCAAGUGCCUUGUUUGAUGACAGUUCCUUAAGUAUUCACACAAGUUCUGAAUCUUCUUCUGAGAGCUCACCUACUCCUUCAUCAAUAACACCAGUCCCAGCAACCACAGCCAGUUCCCAUACAGUUGUACCAGAUAUCAGUUCAACUGUUGUGAUGGAAACAGUGAUGUCAACAAGACUCAGAACAUACACAUACAUUGUGACUCGAGUGGCUGGUCAGGAGCAAGUGGUCACAUCCACCACAGAAGUGAAACCUCAUGUAACAACCUUCAUUGUAACAAAGACAUUGCCAGUACUGGCCACAGAGAUGAACGGACCAGUGGAGGCACGUGGGCUGAAUGUGAAUGGAGCAGGAGAAGCACGAUACAAUCUGGCCACCAAAGUGAUGAGUAAUGGUGUGGAGGUGAUUGUAGCAGGUGACAGGAGUACUCUGCCUGGGGAGCCUCAAGUUUUGCGUGUACUGUCCAGCUCCUUGUCUCGCCCCAUCACGCUGGCACCCAGCACACUUACAGAUCAUAUGGUGCUCUUCCUACCACAUGAAAGCUCUCAGGUUGAAGCCCAAUUAUCCUCAUCACUACAACAGAAUGUUUUUGCAACAAACACCUACCUUACCACCUAUACAUAUUUAACAACAUUCCUGCAGGAUGGUGUAACCACUGUUUCAAGUAACGAGAAGAUUGUCUCAAAUGUUGUUACAGAGGAACGGACAGGAACCAACACGAUCACUCCAACACCCAUAACUGCAUUAACCCUUUCAGCAAGUCCAUUCCUUUCCACAGGGGUGUUUCAUACUACUUAUACAUAUCUAAAUACUUUGAUUGAUGGUGAUGUUCCACUAGUUGUUACAUCACAACAUACUGUCACUAACACUCUGACAGCACCACAUGACUAUUUGCUUCAGCUGCAGCCAUCAGGACAAUCUACAUUUGAUACAAAUACAUAUUUGAGCACAGUAGCAUUCACCAAGACACUGACAGAUGGUACUGAUGUGAAGAUUGUCAGCACUGAAGAUAUAUUAACACAGGUUGUCAUAACAGAGUCUAAUAAGAAAGCAACUGAGGUGAAAGGCAUUGUAUCAGACAACAGACCUGCUGCAUCACAUUCAUCACUCCAGCAAGGGUCCAUUACAAAUGUAGUCAAGACAUACUUUGUGACAUAUACUUAUUUCAGUACUUUCCUUGAAGGUGGAAAUACAGUUAUACGUACAAAUAUAGCAACUUCUUCUGAUGUAGUUACAGAGAAAUUUUAUGUACCACCAAAACGCACAAUGCCACCAAGUUUAAUACCAACCAAAAGUAAGAAUGAAAUUAAGGUAACACCAACAUCUAAGAUAGAUGAAAAAAUUGAUUUUCAAAAACAGUCACUUCAUUUGUAUGCAACAAAAACAUACCUAACUACUUUUACUUAUUUCACAACUCUUCUACAGGAUGGUGGAGGUGAUCAUAUAUCAACUAUUGUUAGUUCAAGAACAAGAAUUGUUCAGAACGUUGUUACUGAAUCUGUAGACAGCAGCCUUCUUGAUCCAGAAUACUUAGAUUCACUACGUAGUUCAAUCCAUGCAGAUUCUGUGUCAAGCUCUUCAAUAGUUGCAACAGCUACACUCUCAGGUGGUCAGGAGUUGAAGAUUACAGCCAUGAAUCACAAUCUGAAACCAACUUCAACAGUGGAUGCAGAGGUUACUCCAACAUCAGUUCAUCAUGAACUCUCAUCAUCUAUGGAGGAAGCAAGUGAUAAUGUCAACAAUAUUAUCAAAGGUUCAACCAUCAUAUUCUUUGAUGAAGAAGAUCAGAUAGACAGUUCUAGUACAUCACAGACACUGGCUAUAGAAGUGGGAGGUCAUACAAAAGCAACUCCAUCUCUUAGCAGUGUUUUGUCAAUUAGCAUGAUCCAGAGCAUAGCUUUGAAUACAGAAGGUACAACAGCAUUAUUCUCACAGGAUACACCAGGGGCCCAGCCACUUGUUAGUUCCCCUACUCCAGCACUUCAAGAGUCUGCCACUACUGUACUGCCUAGUUCUCUUCCCAUAACAUUCUCACCUGUCUCAUAUCUUACUUCCAUUCUAGCAACAUCCAUCGUAACACCAAGUGGAACCACUUUACAGCCAGGAGAACAGGUGAUUAUGAUGACACAACAUGGGGGAAAUGUUACCAUGAUACCUGUGUCAGAUCCGGCAAAUAAGAAACCCACAGGAGGAAUUGGUCCAGGUGGAAGUGAAAUUGAAGUAAGUGAUCUUCUGAGUUUGGGAUCACUUGGCAUUAAUGGUCUGAAUGCUUUGGGUCCUGUCAUCAAUGCAAUGGCUGGUCUAAUACAGAGUAAUCUCAAUAAUGACAAGAGGCGCAAUGACACAUCUGUUAUAAUUGUUCCUUCAACUACACCCAAACCAAGGCCUGCCUAUUAUGGAGACAACAGUGGAAAUCCACUGCCUAUUUAUGUCCCUCCUAAACCUGUUUAUCCACAAGAUCAUGAAAGCACAACACCUGUAAGAUCACCAAUUUAUAUUCCAGUAGGUGCAGUUGCUGGAGAUGACACAGAAGAUGUGGCCAUGGCAGAAAGUCAGCGAUAUGAAGGUAUCGCUAAUUUAAACGGUGACAUGAAAUGGCCGCAACAAGGGUUCCCUGACACAAAUCAACGCCGGCCUGUGGAUUCUGCAGCAAUUGGUCGACCAAUUGAAAGUGCAUUGUUGGGAGAUGGUAUUCCUAUAAGUCCUGGUCAAGUGAUAACAGCUAACAGUGAUGUAAUUGUUGGGAAACCAGCAAUAAUGGGUCCACGGCCACCUAAAAUAAAUGGCAACAAGGAUGAAAUUCCUCUGGGGAUGAAACCUCCACCUCCACCAACAGUAUGGUCAAACAGGGACACACCUUCUGGUCAUACACCAAUUAGAGAACAUGGCUCAGGGCACAUUCCUCUCAGAGAAACAUUCCCACCACCACCAAACAGAAACCAUGCACCACUGAGGGAUCAUGUACCAUUACGGGAACAUGGCUAUCACUCCUCCUCACACCACCACCCAUCAGAAGACGAUAUUCCACUUUUACCUCCACCAGUGGCCAAACCAGAUAUCAGUGGUCAUCUUCCAAAUGUACAUGAGAAUUACUCAGAAGAACAAAUUAUGAAUGUUCCUGCUAAAGCUUCUGCUAUAUCUGAUUUACAAACAGUGUUUCAAGGUAAACCAGUAAAUCAGGGAAUUGAUAUCAUACAUGGUAAUCCCAUACAAGUGUUUGGUCAAACAGAGCCAAUUUCACUUGAUCGUUCAUCAGGUAUACCACUGCUGGUCAACAUACAACCCUCACAAGUAGCAAAUGUGAUCAUACCACAUGGUGGCUCUACAGCUUCUCACACCUUCAGUGACCAAGGUAAUGGGUUCUAUGAUCCAGCACCACAUCCAUUACCUGAAUCAAGCCCAGGAUUUGUAGAAAUAGGUGGGCCUGAAAAUGAGUCACAUAAUAUUCAUCCUGAGUAUCAUGCAUCCCAUGAUUCCCAGGUUAGUGGAACGAGGAUGGAUCUGCCACCACAAGAACCAGAAAACAUCGGCCAUAUAAAUGAUCAUACUUCACAGCAAGGCAUAAAUGUGGAGAUUAGUCCUGGUCAAGGAGUCAAUGUUGAUGUCAGUCCAGGACAUGGAAUAAAUGUUGAUGUCAGUCCAGGACAAGGAAUAAAUGUUGAUGUCAGCCCAGGACAAGGACUGAAUGUAGAAAUAGCUCCUGGUCAUUAUUCUCUAAAUGGAGAACAUGUAUCACCAAGUGGAAUUGUUCUUGAUGUGCCACUUCAAGGAAGACCUGGGACACCAAACAGAAGACCCACUCCAAAUGUACACAGUCAUCAUCACAGACCAACAUGGCCACCAACCCAGCAGCUGCCACCUCCUCCACCUCCAGCCAAGCACCAUCCCACUUCAUCUACAUCACCUGUACAUGGUCACUCAUUUCCACAUCAUCCAAUGCCACCAACAGAUUUCAUGAUCCCUCCACCACCACCUCACACACAUUUCAAACCUGAUUCUUUUCAUAACUCUGGAAAUUUCCACGGCCCUGCUAUUCCUCUGAAUCCAACUGGUUUACAUCCUCCAGGCCCCAAGACACAGGAUCAUAUAAUUCAGUCAGAUGGCAAUGAUGCCCCAACAGAAGUAGAAGGAGGUGAAGUUAUGCAAGAAUCAAACCAAAGACCCUUAAGGCCUGGCCAAAUUCCAGUGGAAGUUCUACUUGCUAAUUCAGCAUCAACCCAUCGCCCUAUCAUAGUGAGGCCUGGUACAAUCCUGGGAGCUAAACAUGAUGAAGUUCUGCAUCAAAUGAAACCACCACAGUCAAUGUUUGACCAACCACCACAACCUGACAGACCACUGAAACCAAAUCCUGAAAAUAGACCUUACAAGCCAAACUAUAAAGAAACCCCUUACAUUCAGAUCACUGAACAAAGACCACACCACACCAAACCUCAACCAAACUUUGAUAAUAGAUCACAUUCAACAAAUGUCAAUGGGUCAUUGCAACAAUUUAGACCAAAUGAAGGACCACAGUUCCCAAAUUCUGAAGAAAUACCUGAACAUUCAAGACCUGAAGUGGUAAUUGAAGGCAGACCACACACAUCAAAUAAUUGGAAUCAUGUGAAACAGAAACCAGUUAUAUCUUAUACAGAUGGAACCUCGUACAGCGUACAACCUCAAAGCCAUCAAUCUGAACUUUCUGACAGUAAACUGAAUACAAAUUCAGAGCAGCAUCCUCAGAAUAGCAAACAUGAUGAAAAUUCACAUUUCAAUAAAACAUUAGAAAUUAACUUUGGUGGUGCAAAUAUGAAUCACAGACCUCAACAACCAAUCUUUGACAAACAUGAUGACCUGAAUAAAUUGGAUAAACCUUCAACAUCAGAACCACUAUAUGAUUUAGAAACUCAGGCCAAUACCCCACGCCCAUUUAGCAUCCUCCCAUCUGUACCAAAGCAGCCUGAUUUUGACUUCAACACAGAUGAACUGGUUGUAGGUCUUGCCCCUCCACCACGAGUCACUCCAGGUGGCAGCAAUGGGCAGCGAUUUCCUAUGCUUAGCAUUGAACCUCAAGUCUCCUCUCACAGACCAGUUGUUAAUAUUGGCAAUCACAGGAGACCACCUAUCAGGACCAAGCCACCACCGUACAAAUUUGAACUGCCACCAACAACAGAACAACCAACAACCAUACAAAAAACAAGUGAUAAAAGGCCAUUCUGGAUCCGUCCACCUUUGCAAGAGAUUUCUAUUCCAAUAAGCACAUAUACAGAAAAUGUAACUAAACCAAAUGAAGAUGAAAAUAAAAACCUUAUCAAGAAACCAUCCUUACCUCAGGAUUCAAAUUAUACACACAGACGUCCCAUCACAACAUGGAGACCACCUUUGUCUUCAGACAGACCAAGGCCACCAAGACCUUCCACUUCAGAGUCAACAGAAUCUAUCUACUCCCACACUUCUGCAGCAACUGAUGAUGUCUCAAUAGGUCCAAAUAGCUAUACAAUCAUAGGUGGUGCAGAUAAACCUCUUCUUCCUGAUUCUACACCUGUGCUACAAACUGUAGUCAUUGGAAAACCUAUUCCAAAAGAACCUGUGAUAUCACCAACAGCAGUGAAGGAUUCUGAAAAGAGAAAAACAACAUACAGCACAGAAGGCUUGUGGAAUGAAGACAUUAUAAUUGGUUCUGAAAGCCCAGGUAAUAUACCGCAUUCACAGGGUCAUGCUACACCAUCUGAAAAUAUUCAGAAGAAGAAGACAUCGAUGCUAAGUGCUACAACCACACUAAUUUCAAUAGGGUCAAAGACAAUUUUUGGCAAUCUCUUCACAAAACCUUCAACCAUGGUAGUGAAGCCAUCUAAAAUUGCAGAACCCACACAAAGCACAAGUUUGGUUAGUGAUCAUCACAAAGAAAAUGAAUCUUUUUAUCAUUCAAACACUGAUAGUGAUGACGAUGAUGAUGAUGCUAUGGGAUUUGAGAACAAGGACCAUAAACCAGACCUAGGCAUUGCAAGUUCCAAUGAUGACAAGAUCAUCUUCAGCAGUGCUGCUGAAAUCCCGACACAUUAUGUGACCCAUACGCAUACUCAUACAGUAACUAUGACAGAAACGACAGUAAUGAGCAGCCACGGCCAACAGCCUUCAACACGGACUGUAGUUGUUACAAAGACACAAAUAUUUACUCACGUAGAUACCGUCACUGAAACAGAGUUCCAUACUUUGGUGCAUCCUACAAGUGUUGUUGCCACUGUUACAACUACUGUUUCUGCAACUUCCUCUGUGUAUGCCCCUGCAUCACCAUUUGACCCUGCUAAUUACCCUACAUUCCCUGUCAAACCUCUCUCAACAUCACCAGUGCAGGAUCCUGGUGAUAAGGAUCAGGAAGAACAGGUGAAACCUAGUAGCACUUCAGAGGGAAAUAAAAUUCACAUGGAGAAGAACAGUAAUGAUGUAAGAAAUGAAAACAUCACUGGUAACACAGGAGUACUUACUGGUGGAGCUGAUGAGAAUGAGUCAUUCUUUGUGGUGGUGAAUGACCAAAAGCCAGCAACUAUAAAUAUUAACAAAGGCAGUAAAAGUGGAGAAGAUUAUAAUGAAGUGGCAAAUCAUGAUGAAAGUGAUCCUAACAGUGAGGUAAACCACGCAGUACUGCUGGGUGGCGUGUUAAUAGCUGCCCCUCCACAUCACAAUACACCUUCUACCCACUUCAACAACAGAAACCAGGGAAGCAACUCUUGUAGGCCAGACUGUAGUGCAGCUCGAAAUGAGUUGUGUCAAAAGGUGGAAGGACGCAUGAGCUGUGUCUGCAGGCCUGGGUUUGCAAGAAUGUUCCCUGAUAGGCCAUGCAGACCAACGUAUACAUACAAAAUGAAGGUGGGACUGGCUCGUCAUGGUAAGGAAACUCUCCACUAUGGCAGUUCACUGGAAGACACCACCUCAUCACACUAUCAGCAACUUACUGAGGCUGCAAGAGAGGGUUUGGAUCGAAUGGUUAUGCAGUCUGAUCUCAGAGACAUCUAUCAUGGUGUGGUUGUUAAUGGUUUCCAGCCAGCUGACAAAGGUGAUGGGGUUACCGUUAACUUCUAUGUACAGUUGUCAGACAACAUAGAGGAGACACGAUUACAGGAUGUGUUCAAGAAGUCACUACGAACCAGCAAUUACAGUUUAGGGAGCACUGAAAUGUUUGCUAACAGAGACCUCAUACACCACAUCAAAGCUGAAGACUUUGAUGAAUGUGAGAGUCGCCAAUUCCAUGACUGUUCUGAACAUGCUCAAUGUUUUAAUCUGCGAGGCACAUACACCUGUAGUUGCCAAGAUGGAUACACAGACCUCUUCUGCUCAGCUGAACUGAUUGGUUGUGAGAAAUGCCACUACCAUGGGACUUGUUACUCACGAGGUGAUGAACAGUUGAUGUGUGAGUGCUUUCAAUGGUAUGCCGGAGAAAACUGUCAUAUCAAUCUUAAAGUACUGCUCAUUGCACUGGUCACAAUUGGGGCAAUACUCCUUGGUCUGUUGAUUGUGUGUGUGGUACUAACCUGCCUGAAGCGCUCAUCACAGCAAGCCUGCAGCACAGGGACAGGAUUCUUGAGAUAUCGCAGCCCCACACACACGCUUGACAAGCGUGCCAUGAUCCAAGAUUCUAGCAGCGAGGGCAGUGCUGCUGACCAUGGUCCUGUCUCCUACCUCACACCAACACACCAACUUAUGAUAUUACAGCCUGCAAGCACAUUUGGAUCACAGAUGAAGCCGGCUUUAGUACAUGCUGGAAGCAGAAAGGUGUCUGGUGCAGCUGAGUUUUCAGAUGAAGGAAUGACAUAUUCAGACCAGCGGGAUCGCUCACUGACAGUUAUGAUACCUCGAGCAAAGUACCGACCAAUACCACCAACAUCUCCUUUACUUGCCAUGUCCACAUUUGGUGCUGAACAGAAACGAGCAAUUGCUCAGGAACAGCAAAAGCUUCUCAACUACUUGGAGACAGGAAAGCAGGAAAACCGCAAUGCUGCCAACAAAAAACGAAAACAAAGUAAUUCCACAAAUCAAACAAAUGAAACAGCUCCACCACCAUCUAGGAAAUCCUCAGCUCCACGGAAACCCUCCACAGGUGCACUUGUAUCAGCUGGAUUUGAAGUAUCAGCCACUGUGGGCCAUAAAGAACCAGGCUCUGACACUGAUAUGGCAUCUGCAGCAAUUUUACAUGGUAAUGGUGGUAAGAGUGGAGACAACAACCAUAAUACUCUUGCAAGUAAUGGCUCUCACUUUACCACACUACGCACUAAUGACAGUGAGACAAACAUGCCAGAGCUGGUAGCUGAAUCAACGACAGAUUCACAUCUAGAUACAAACUCAAGGGUGCAAGAACUGACUGUCUCUGAAGCACGCUCAUUUGAUGAGACAACAGUUCAGCCUCCGACGAAGAGCUUACAUAGCAAUUAUGGAUCCAAUCCCUCAUCUAGAAACCCAAAUGAUGAGGCACACACUAUGGCAGAGCGAGAUCUUGGAUCCACGCUACUUAUGCCACAGACACACCUUUAUAAACCCGACAGGGGCAGUGAUAUUUCGAACUUUGACUCACUAUGAAUGUGGUACCUGCUGGCUCAAACUCAAGUACUUUUGGUAUCAGAUAUAUAUGUAACAUAUACCAAAUCAAACCUUGGAAUGACAUUGCAUUAUGAGCAUGAUUUUUAUUUAAAGUUAAUUUGGUUCACAAUUGCUAUGCUAUUAUGAGGUGUCUUACACUUUAUUGAUAAUUUGUUCACUAUUUUGAGAGCAAAUCAUAACUUCAUGAACAGACACGAAGUGUAACACCACAGAUAAACUUAUGGCAAAUAUUUGUUAUGGUACUAUGAAUUUUAAGAGUUUACAGAAGAAUGAUUAAGAGUUUUAUAUAUUUUCUUUUAUGAGUGCAUGAAAAACUUUACAAAUAUUUAAUAUAGAUUAUAUAUAAAUAGAAACAUAAUCUGUUUAUGAACAUAUUCUAUCUUAAAAAUUGACUGAACUAAAAUAUUCAAAAAAUCACUGAUAAAAUCUCUCAAGAUAACAUAAACAACUGCAAUGAUUAGCAAUUUUAAAUUCAGAUAUAUUUCACAGUUACAUAUAAUUAUUCUUGUAAUAAGUAUGGUGAGAAAGUGGCUUACUAUGAUGUACUUCUCAAAACUGUGUGUGUUCUGCAAUUUGAAUAACCUAUAUUAUCAUGUGAUAACUUUGCAAAUAUAAAUGCUCAAAGCUGCUGGAUGAAAGGAAUAAUUUGAAGCUGGAGGAAAGAAACCAAACCAUUUAGCAUAUUUAUUUUCAAAUUAACAAAUGAGAGAAAUGAAAGUACUGGUGUUGGCAUUGUUACUAUGCUGGUAUUAUUGCUAUGUGAAAGGUUCCUGGUAAAUGAUGCACACUAUCUAUUUGGAGACUUAUUGGCAAAUAUAGAUUAUGUUGGUAUCACACACAAAGUCAUUAAAAUAAUGGAAGAAUGGAUGUUAAUUAUAUUAUAAUGAGAGUUUAUACAUACUAUACUAUUUAAGACACAGUAAAUGGUGUAACUUAUACAAACAAGAAGAUUAAGUAUUUUGAAUAUUAAGGAGAAUGAAAAAGAGCCAGAAUUGUAAAUAAAUAAAGAUACCUUCUCCAUAUGUGGCAAUGAGUAGGAGAAGAAAUUUUUCAAUGGUUAAAAAAUCUAUAGUAUUAGGGUAUAAUGAACUACCUAGGAAAAAGGGCAUAGUAAUAAUGCUAUACAGUGAAAUAUGGUUAUGAUUAAAAAAGAAAAUACACACGAAUAUACAAAUAUUAAUUGAAAUUAAAAAUUUAAAUUUAAGAAAACAACGAAGACUUGCUGAACUGAAAAUAGUGUACAACUGCAAUUAUAUUGUAGUCUAUGUUCAACAAUCAGGGUUUUGCUGAAACACUUCACCCAAUUAAUGUAAAUAAAAAUAACUUUAUAAAGGUUGACAUCUUAAUAAUUUAUAUGUAUAUUGUAGGUAGGAAUAACUAAGAGAAAUAAGCUGCUACAACUUUAUUGUAAAUAUAAUUCAUCCAGUUCUAGCUCAAAGAAGAGAGUGUUUGUGAUGUUUAAAUUACAUGCUUUGUUGAAGAGAAGUACUAUUUUCUGUAGUUGAGUGCCAAAACAAUUUUAUAAUCUAAACAUGUCAUUUUUAAAUAUCAUAAGAGGUAUGCUUAAAAUCAGCUAUGUGCAAUUUAUCAAAUUUUACAAGCUUGUUUUCUGAAUUAUAGACUUGCCUCAGUGAUUCCAAACAUGUUAUGACCACACAACACAAAAUCAAGUGAUGUACUGAACAAAUACGUUUAUUUUGUAUCAGACAUGAAUAAAUCAACUAACUAUGUUCAAACUGCA